CGAGUGUCCACGUCAAACGUUUCGCGACGGAACAAACGAACGCACGAGCUGUUCAACAAUUACCUAUUGUUUCCCGGUUUUUCCGUCAAACUAAAGUAUUAAUUACACAUUCGCACGCACAAUGGAUUCGUUAUUGGAACCGACACUGUACACCAUCAAGGGAAUGUGUAUCCUGGACCAGAACGGUGAUCGGAUACUGGCCAAAUAUUACGACAAAAACUUCUUCCCCACCGUCAAGGAGCAGAGGGUGUACGAGAAGAAUCUGUACGACAAAACGUUCCGGGCGGAUGCGGAAAUCAUCAUGCUGGAUGGGUUGACCUGCGUGUACAAGAACAAUGUGGAUCUGCUGUUCUACGUGAUGGGCAGCACGCAGGAGAACGAACUGAUCCUUCUGUCGGUGCUGAACUGUCUGUACGACACCAUCACGUUGAUUCUGAAGCGGAACGUUGAGAAGCGCAACAUAAUGGAUAACUUGGACAUUAUGAUGUUGCUGUUCGAUGAAAUUUGCGAUGGCGGCAUUAUCCUUGACGCAGAUCCAUCGUCUGUGAUGAAGCGAGUGGACCUGCGGAACGAUGACAUUCCGAUCGGCGAACAAACGGUGGCCCAGGUGCUACAAUCCGCCAAAGAGCAGCUGAAGUGGUCACUGCUCAAGUGAACGCAACGCGGCAUUAAACGAGAGGACCUUUCGGUUCGGUUGAAGAUCUGCCAGCCUGGUCGCUUAAGGUUUACGAGGAGCUUUUAGAUCUACACACCGGAAUGUUUUAUACCAAACCCCAAAACCACCACCACACGACACACUGCAAUCGUUUCGUUUGGGCCGCCUUCGAUACCAUCUCGGCUCACGUACGAAGAAGGAACUCGCGAAGAGGGUUCUUCGCCAUUCUUGCUCUGAUGGGGAGGGAGCCGAUGUCUGGUUCGGUCCGAAACGAUCGUGUUGCCAACUUCUGAAG